AUGCAAUUAUCAACUGUUACUUUAGUCGCCAUUAUCUCAACUUUACUUGGUUCAACUGUCGCUGCUCCAGUUAACAUUACUGAAUCUGCUAACGGUGAAGCUGAAGCUGAUGUCCCAGGUACUUCUCAAGGUGUUGAAUUCCCAUUCUCAAAAGAAGCCAUCAUUGAAGCUGUUUCUUUAGGUAAUGAUAUUGCUCCAAUUGUUUUAGAUGAUGCUGUUUACUUCAUUAACACUACCAUUGUUGAUCAAGAAUUAGGUUCAAAAUUAGGUAAAAGAGAAGCAUGGAACUGGAGACAAUACUUGAAUGGUUCACCAAACUACAAAAGAGAAGCUGAAGCUGACGCUGAAGCAUGGCAAUGGAGAAAAUAUUUAAAUGGUUCACCAAACUAUAAGAGAGAAGCUGAAGCUGAUGCUGAAGCAUGGCAAUGGAGAAAAUAUUUAAAUGGUUCACCAAACUAUAAAAGAGAAGCUGCUCCAGAAGCUGAAGCAUGGCAAUGGAGAAAAUACUUGAAUGGUUCUCCAAACUACUAA